GGAGGAGGAGGAGGAGGAGGAGGAGGAGGAGGAGGAGGAGGCGGUGGUGGUGCAGACGGAGGCGCCGGUGGAGGCGGCGGCGGCGGCGGCGGCGACGGCGCUGCAGAUUCGGAUGACCCUUUCGCUUCGUCAGGGCCCUAUAACGGUCCCCCGGGCCCAGCGACCCCUGACCCCUCUGGGACAUCCGAUGGCGCCUCUAGUGGCGUCUCAGCAGUGUUCCCCGGCGCAGGCAUGUACGUUGCCACACUGGUUGGCUGCAUCCUUCCUGCUGUGCAAGGGCGCGAAGGUGUCGCUGGUGUUUCUGCCGAUGGUGAAGCCUGGGUCGCAGCCAUGCCUCCUCCUCCACCACCGCCGCCGCCGAAAGGUUGGAAUAUCACCAUGGCUCAGAGCCGAGCACCGUGGCACCUGUCCAUGGCAUCCUCCAACACAACGAUCAAGGCGUUUCCGACCAAUUAUCAUUAUAAUCAGACGGCAGGUCUGGGCGUGGAUAUCUAUGUCGUAGACUCUGGGAUUAAUGUGAACCAUGUCGAUUUUGGAGGUCGGGCGAGGUGGGGCUAUGUCGCACCGGGAUACCAACAGGCAGAUGGUCUGGGCCAUGGCACCCAUGUGGCCGGCCUCGCCGCGUCAAAAAGCUGGGGCAUGGCCAAGCAGGCCAAUCUUGUCGCCGUCAAGGUGAUCUCUGAUGGUGGAUCUGGACUUGUAUCGGACAUUGUCGGUGGGAUUCAAUGGAGCAUCUCCGAGGCCAUCAAGAAUCGGAAAAAAUUCGGCACACGGUCCGUCAUCAACCUCUCCAUGGGCACGGCGCCUAAUGCCGGUCUGGAUCGUAUGGUGCUUCAUGCCUUGCGAUGUGACAUACCCGUGGUCGUCGCUGGCGGUAAUACCGGUCUCAAUGGCAAGGCGCAAAGUCCAGGUCGGGUCAAGGCGGCGUUGACUGUCGGAGCCACCACCAAAGACUACAAACUCUGGGCUCAGUCGGCGACAUCACCUGGGCUGGAUCUCGUCGCGCCAGGCGUCAAUAUCCCAUCCACUUGGAUAACGUCCUCCACAGCGACCGCUUUUCUGUCCGGUUCAUCCAUGUCGGCACCUCUCAUCUCGGGUCUGGUCGCCUAUCAUCUUUCACUCUACCCACUGCUGCCCGUCAAGCGGGUCAAUAAACGUCUGAAACUCAAGUCGAGCAAGAUCAUCUCGUCCCCGAGUCUGACCAACGUGGGAUUGUUGUUCAACUGUUGGGACGUGAAUUGUUAUCCGCCGAUCAAUAUCACCAAGCCUGCAAACGUGACAGCUCCUCCGGCAAACAUUACCAUGCCAGCGAAUAUCACCAUGCCGGCGAAUGUGACCAUGACGGUCAAUAUGACGACCACAACAACGACGAUGAUGGAGAUCACCACCACGACUGAGACUCCCGUGACGACCCCGCCGCCGGACCCGCCAGCGUGAGAGAGGGGGGUGGAAAUAAAAAGGAGGGGUUUCUACCUCGCAUGCAUGAGCUUUCGAGUCGAGGAGAUGAAUGUCGUCUGACUCUGACUGGUCUACGGUUGCAGAUGACCAAGCACGCGCCUUGCGCCAAUCGGAGGUUAUCAAUGUACGUUCUGCGACCUCGGUGCACUCAGUCCGCUCGGUCAGGCUAGAUCCGCGUGGCCAUGCAGCCGCAUCCUUCUGA